AUUUAUAUGAAUAGAUUGAAAGAAAUAAUCGAUGAACAUGAUACUUACAAGUAUCGAUUAAAACAUCGAUUAAUAAUUAUAUUAUUUAUGAUAACAAUUAUGCGUAUAAUCAUCUGUAUGAUCAGUUAUUAUACAAAUGUAUAUAACAUCUGGCAAUAUGAUCCAUUAUUUAAUUUUUUCAUUUAUGAUCAUCCACAUUUAUUUCAACGUUAUUCAAUCAUUUUAUUAUGUGCACUAUUAUUCGGUGUUGAAUCUGAAAUAAAACUUUGCUUUUCACCAAUCAAUACAAUCACAUUUCAAUUACCAUAUGAAUUAUCUGUGAAAAAUCUUGAUCAAUGUGAACAAUGUAUGAUAACGGAAAAAGAAAAAGAAACAUUAUUAUUGAAAAAUAGUAAAACAAAUACAGCCACAACGGUUAAUAAUAAUCGACUAUAUAAAAGAUUCAUAUCCAAUGAAUUAUGUCAAUGGUAUUGUUUACAAAUGGCUAAAUUAGAUUACUAUAUGAAUUUUAAAUAUGUGGAUCAAAAAAAACUUGAACAAUAUAAACUAGAUACAGUACCGAAUAUUACAAAUGAAUCCAGAUCAUUAUUAAUGAUACUCAAUUAUUUUAUCGAACAAUUAUGUUUUUCAAGUUACAUUAGUUUUGCACUUUUUCUCAUGUUCUUCUUUCCCUAUUAUUAUAUUUCAUUAAUGAAAAUAUUCAACUAUCGAUUAAUAGCUCAUCUAUUCAUAUGGAUUGAUAUUUUAUUUUUGACAAUACAUUUUGCAAUCAUUUUACAUAAUGCAUUAACACUUGUUAUGAUGAUAUCGAUCACCACCAUUUAUCAGAUACAUGUAUUGAAAAAAAUAAAUUCAUCAUUACGUUUAAUAGCUAUUCAAAGUCAUUCAAUUAAUCAUCCAAUUGUAAAUGGUAUAUAUCGUUCAUCAUUCAAUCUAUCUGAACAGAUAACACUUAUGCAGCUAUUGAUCGAACAUAAUCGUAUUUGUCAAUAUAUACAUCAUUCUUCACGUGAAAUAUUCAGUAAUCUAUUGUUUCGAAUACUUAUGCUAUUUUUUCCAUCACAUUUAUUGGGUGUAUCGGCAUUAUGGAAUCAAUUAGGAUUUUGGUACGACAAAUUAUUGAUCAGUUUGAUCAUUUUUUUUGAAGAUUUCUUAUUAUUUCCAUUAUAUUUUAUUGCCAAUCAAAGUAAAUUAUUACAUCGACCACAACGAAAUCUUCUAUCCAUUAUACAUGGUAUUCGUCGUCCAUUAUCAUUGAAAAUUAAAUAUGAUCAUUUCUUUGAACGUUUAACUACUGAACCAUAUUAUGGCUAUUCAAUUGCAAACAUUGGCACUAUUACUUAUCGAAUGAUAUUUAGUUUAAUGCUCAACUAUUUUGGUCUAUUCAUAUUCAUUCUACCCAAAGAAUACAUGCUAAAAGGUUGAUAAAUUCAAUUAACACACCUACACACACACAUGCACGCACGACAAAUCAUUUAAACUAUA